AUGACUCCAACCCAAGUCUCCGACGAAGAAACAAACCUCUUCGCCAUGCAGCUAGCCAACGCCCUCACUCUCCACAUGGUGCUCAAGACAGCCCUCGAGCUUGACCUCCUUGAGAUCAUGACGAAAGCCGGGCCUGGCGCUUUCUUUUCUCUGGCGAACUUAGCCUCGCAGCUACCGACCAAGAACCCUAACAUCCCCGUCAUGCUGGACCGCAUGCUGCGCCUCCUGGCUAACUACUCCAUCUUCACUUACUCCAUCUGCACGCUACCCAACGGUAAUGUCAAGCGGCUGUACGACCUCGACCCUGUCUACAAGUUCUUAACAAAGAACAAAAGAUGUGAUCCUGGUGCUCAUCUUGCUGAUAUUCUCAGUCCAAAAGAUCAUGAAGUUCUUUUGCAGGAGAAAAAGUUGCUGGACUUGCCUACGUUGUUAUCAGAGUGGGCCCAAGGCAACACUGAAGAGGUGGACGUCGGGCCAGAAGAGGAAGCUGCAAAUGCACUCGUCCUCCAAGAGGCUGCAAGAUAA